AAAUAUGUUUGAGUGUAAACUAGCCGCGUGCAGAAUAUUGCAUUACUUCCCUUAUUGUACCUCCCACACUUUGUAUUUCCCCAUUCACAGGGAGUCACACAGACAUAGAGCAGCCACAGGGGAACACUGGAGAUAAAGCACAUAGAAUCUGAGAUCUACUGUAUAGCCUUUAACAUAUUUGGGUUUUAAGUAAGGGAAUGUAAUAUAUCAACAGUGACCCCGGAGGAUUGCCAGGAACAGAGAUGCCAUGGUGAACAAGAAAGAAAUCCCUGUUUAAUUUAUGUGUCAAAGUUUGUGCACUAAAGAAAAUGAUCGCCAAGCAACAUUCCUUCGGCUCCAGUGUUAUUGUGUCAGUUCUCCUCGGUGUGUUGGUGGAUGUGUCCGGUGGAAUGAUGAGUAUUCAGCUGAUCCCUCAGAAUCCGGUCAUCGGAGGAUCUGUGACUCUGAGUGUUACUGGGAUUACUGGGGGAAUUCGGAAUUUUGUUUGGUAUAAAGGACCGAACACAAUCAGAGAUUACCAAAUCCUUUCAUAUUUCCCUGGUGAUAAGGACCCACUUAUUCUCGGACCUCUAAAUAAUAGUAGGAUGACACCUUUCCCUGAUGGAUCUCUACAGAUCUCCAACCUAAAUAGAACUGAUGAGGGAAAUUACAUAGUGAAGAUGCAAACAAAUAUAAAUCAAAGUGAUACACCUGUAUACCUGAAAAUCUAUGACAUGGUUGGUAAACCGACAAUUACAGCCUCUACCUCACUUCCUAAGGAAAAUGAUACCGUCAUCCUCACCUGUACCUCUACUAAUGCAGAGAGGAUAGUAUGGAGCAGGGUCCCCUCUGAAGUCACCUUGUCUUCAGAUAACAGGACUAUCUUCUUCCCAAGGAUAAACCGUAUGAAUUCAGGGGACUAUCAAUGUGAGGCUGAGAACCCUGUCAGUAAGAGGACCAGUGAUCCCUACACACUGACCGUAGCUUUUUGUCCCACAGCUACAACACUAUGUCAGACCUCUGGAAGUGGACUUGGCGGUGGGGAAAUUGCUGGAAUUGUCAUUGGCACAGUGUUUGGGAUAUUCACCCUUGAAGUCAUUGUGUACUUUGUUCUAAAGGCAAAAAGAGAAACUCCAAGUAGUUCAGUGUAUGAGAAUGCGCAUGUUCCUGAACAACAGGUCUAUGAAAGGACUAUGCCAGGAACUCGGGGGAAAUUAAGUCAAGAAUCUAACUAUGAGGAACUAACACACAAGGACAAAUCCAUAUACAGUACCAUGGAGUCUGCGUCUGAAAAAUACUGAAGGUUUCCCUCCAGCAAUUUUUGAAUAAGGACAUCCUUUCCAUCGUGAAACUCUCCCUGCAUCAUCAGACUUUUCUCAGUCUGCAAAAUAUCUACUAGUUUACUGCAAACCAGACCUGGCCAUACGUUAUUCACUCUUCUUCAAAUAUGAACUCUCAAGUACUGAUAUAGUAAAGCAGUGAAUAAAUGGGGCAAGCAAUUAGUUGUCGGUAAUUUGAAUACCACUGAAAAAGUCAGUGGCCAAGUAAAUGUAAUUUUAUUUCCUCCAUAGAAAAUGAAGCAGGCAGUAUUUAAUUUUAUUUUUUUGUUUAGCUAUUAACACUAAACUUGGGGCUGGUUUCAAACCUAUUCAAAAACAUGGUGACCCUGUAAAGAAACCUAUGCCGCUCUAACCUGCAGUGUAUGUCCUUCUGAAGACUCCAAACCCUAAGGGCUCAUCAAACCUGUUUGCGUCAAUAACGAUGGCUUUGACUAAGCCCAUGGGAUGGUGAAAUGCGUCAGUUGGCAUGAGACAAGACUAGCUUAAGCCGGUCCUGUUCAGUUUAGUGUCAAACAGAUUUAUAGUGUGCGGCUCCACUUUUUCCAUUACACUCAAAACCAUGUAGCGCCACCCCCAUGAGGCGCCACUGGAAGAUGACUGUCCCCAAAGGUUGCCCUGACACCUCUGGCACCCUGGGAUCAGACAUAUUUCAAAGCAAUGCAACAACAUAGACACCAGACUGUAGCAAAGUUAACAAGUUUUUUACUUAAGAUUCUUGAAGCCGAUAGGAACAAGAAUAACUUAGGCAGUUAUCUUUCAGUGUUAAACUCUUAUGCCCCGUACACACGAUCACUUUUUGUCAUGAAAUAAAAUGACAUUUUUAAAAACGUCAUUUAAAAUGA